AUGGCCUGCUGUUUUAUGUGUGGGACAGGCAUGAAACAAAAUACUGAAAAUGAAGGAGGAAGCAAGGUGAAGAUUUUUUCCUAUCGUGAGAUGAGGAAAGCUACACAUGAUUUUAGUGGGGCAAAUAAGAUCGGUGAGGGCGGUUUUGGCUCCGUUUUCAGGGGAAAGCUUAAAGAUGGAACAAUUGUUGCGGUGAAGGUCCUUUCUGCUAGUUCAAGGCAGGGUAUCCGAGAGUUUGUAGCUGAACUUACAGCAAUUUCAGAUAUCGUACAUGAAAACCUAGUUACCUUGGUUGGUUGCUGUGCCGAAGGGUCUCAUAGGAUUCUUGUGUACAAUUAUCUUGAGAACAAUAGUCUUUCAUAUACACUUCUAGGUUCAGGCCGGAGCAACAUCCGAUUCAAUUGGAGAGCCCGUGUCAAAAUUGCUGUAGGUGUUGCUCGUGGGCUUGCUUAUCUUCACGAAGAAAUUCGCCCCCCUAUAAUUCAUCGAGAUAUAAAGGCAAGCAAUAUUCUUCUUGACAAGGAUCUUACCCCAAAGAUUUCUGAUUUUGGGUUGGCAAGGCUCCUCCCGCCCAAUGCAACUCAUGUGAGCACUAAGGUUGCAGGAACAAUAGGAUACCUGGCUCCUGAAUAUGCUGUCAGGGGACAAGUGACAAAGAAAUCAGAUAUCUAUAGUUUUGGUGUUGUACUACUGGAAAUUGUUACUGGUAGAUGUAACCACAAUAGUAGAUUGCCUCAUGGAGAUCAAUUUCUGCUUGAGAGGACAUGGACAUACUAUGAGCAAAGAAAACUAGAGGAGAUCAUAGAUGCUGAAGUAGGGGAGGACCUGAACGUUGAAGAGGCAUGUCGUUUCUUGAAGGUUGGUCUACUAUGCGCCCAAGACGCGAUGAAACUGCGUCCAAACAUGGCCAACAUCGUCCUAAUGCUGACAGGAGAGAAGGAAGUCUCCAUGGACAGGGUCACCAAACCAGCCGUGAUCGGUGACCCAUACCUCAAUGGAAACAACGAUCAGAGACCAAGCAAUGCAGACACUACCACAUUGAGAUCCUUUGCCACGACUGAACCUUUAACAUCAUCAGAAGCAAACACAGAGUGGUCUCUGUGA